UACAGCACUGGCUGACAAUUACAGGAACUGUCAGCGCGCAAAAAAUCAGUAUGCGCUUUAACAUGGCUAGCAAAUUGUUAAAUUUUGGCUCAAAGCUGUUCAAAACAUCGAAGAAUUUCAUAAAUGCUGCAUACGUAAGGCGCAGCACAUCGACGAAUGCCAGGAAAUGGACUGGAGCCAGAAGCCAGAAGGUGUUGACCUUUGGCGCACUGACUGGAGCAGCCGGACUAUUGAUGUACGCCUUGGAUGUCAGUGUGGAUGCCUCCAGCGACUGUGUGCAUCCGUCCAAGCAGGGCUGGGGCCACAAGGGCCUGCUGUCGGCCGUCGACAAGGAGGGCGUGCGUCGCGGCUAUCAGGUGUACAAGGAGGUGUGCGCCUCCUGCCAUUCCUUGCAGUAUAUUGCCUAUCGUAAUCUGGUGGGCGUCUGCAUGACGGAGGCGGAGGCCAAAUCGGAGGCGGAAGGCAUCACCGUGCAUGACGGGCCCGAUGAGGACGGCAACUACUUCGAUCGUCCCGGCAAGCUCUCCGACUAUUUGCCACUACCCUAUCCCAAUGAGGAGGCCGGUCGUGCGGCAAAUAACGGCGCCUAUCCGCCGGAUCUGAGCUAUAUUGUGUCUGCACGCAAGGGCGGCGAGGAUUAUGUAUUUUCCCUGCUGACGGGCUACUGUGAUCCGCCGGCUGGCUUUUCGCUGCGCGAGGGCCUCUACUUUAAUCCGUACUUCAGCGGCGGCGCCAUAGCCAUGGGUCAGCUGAUAUCCAAUGAAUCGGUUACCUAUCCGGAUGACAAGAUAUCGCCGUCGGCCAGCCAAAUCGCCAAGGAUGUGGUGACGUUUCUCGCCUGGACUUCGGAGCCGGAGGGCGAUAUUCGCAAGCUGCUCAUCAUCAAGGUGACAAUAAUCUCCACGUUUCUGAUUGCGCUCACCUAUUACAUCAAGCGCUUGAAGUGGUCGUCUUUGAAGUCGCGCAAGAUAUUCUUUAUGCCGGAGGUGCAGCAGAAAGCCAAGCAGGAGAGCAGUAAAGGUGAUGGCUGCCCAAAAUAAUUGCAGUCCAUUUCAACGUAAUAAUAAACGUUAAAAAAUUA